UACAGCAGGCGCUGGCAGCGCACGCGCAGGGGAUAAGCAAAAACAGCCACUGGCGCUGUGAGAAAAACAGCCCGUUUGUUUUGCAGCGGGCGUGCGCCCAUCACCAUUCCUGCCCCCGUUCGCGACACCAUCCAUGGCGCGUUUCUCCGUCGCCAAGCCGUUCGCCGCCACCGCCACCGCGGCUGCUCCGCGCCUCUCUCCCCGCCGCCGCCGCCGCCGUCUUCUCGCCGCUAACGCCACCACCGCCAGGGGAGCGCUGCCGCUGCCGGCCCUGCGGAAACCCACCAAACCACCACCGCCGCCGCCCCUGCACCCGCGUCCCAGUCUCCCCGUACCCACCACCUCCAGCGACGACGAUGGGGACAUAAGGAGGAAGCCGGCGACGGGCGCGACGGCUUCUCUGUGCUCGUCCGGCGCCGGCGACGUGCUCCGCCUGCUGGACGCGCUCCGCCUCCCGCCCGACGAGGACGUCUACGUCUCCCUCCUCAGAGACUGCGCCGACGCCGCCGAGGUCGCCUCCGUCCACGCGCACAUCGCCGGAAAAUUCGCCGUCUCUGGCCUCCCUUUGCCCCUCGCCAACCGGCUGGUGCUUGCAUACGCGGCGUGCGGGGACAUCGGGGCUGCGCGCCAGGUGUUCGAUGAAAUGCCAGUCAAGAAUGGCAUCACCUGGGCGACCAUGGUCUCGGCCUACUCCGAUGGUUGCUUCCAUCAUGACGCGUUACAGCUAUUCGUGCAGAUGUGUCACCAAGUGCGGGGGAUCACCGGUGAUCACUACACCCAUGCCAUUGUGGCGGUGCUGCGUUCGUGUGCUCGGGUGAACGAGCUUCAGUUCGGUGAGCAGGUACAUGCUUUUGUUGUCAAGAAAAAUGGAGUCUGUGGCGAUGUUGGUAGCUCGCUAUUACAGCUGUACUGCGACAGUGGGCAGCUCAGCAGCGCACGGCAUGUGCUUGAGAUGAUGAGGUUCUCAUGCCAAGAACCAGUUCCUGAGGCGGCCUGGACCAGCUUGAUCACCGCAUACCAUCGUGACGGCAUUCUUGACGAUGCCAUUGAUGUCUUCAGGGGCAUGGCUUCCUCGGGCAUUGCCAGGAGCAGCUUCUCUCUGUCAAGCAUCCUUGCGGUCUGUGCAGAGGCGAAGAACAAAGGAUGCUAUGGCCAGCAGGUGCAUGCUGAUGCCAUCAAGCGUGGCCUGGACAUGAACCAGUUCGUCGGGUCAGGGUUGCUUCAUAUGUACGCGAAGGAAGGGCAGCUUGCAGAUGCAGCCAGGGCAUUUGAGGCUAUUGAUGGCAAACCCGACGCAGUGUGCUGGAACGCCAUGGCCAUGGCAUAUGCUCGCGGUGGAAUGUACAGAGAGGCCACCAGGGUGGUGUAUCAGAUGAAAGCUGCUGGAAUGAAUCCUUCGAAACUGACGAUGAAUGAGGUUAAGCUGGCCUGCUUCAGAUGAGAUACUGAAGAAUGAUUUCCUUGUUUUUGUACUGUAUGAUCUGUGUAGAAAGGAAGUAAUUUAGAGACUUAGAGUUGUGCCCAGAUCUUUUUAGAAGAUGUUAACAGCCAGUAAUGGUAUCCAGAAGUGCCCUUCUACUUCACUUAGUCAGCUUGGAGUGUUAGUGUGAGAAUAUAAUGUAGCAUCUGGAGGUGUUCUUUUUCGCCUAACAAUGUCUCCAAAUAUGUACUCUUUUAUAGAUUGUGCUGGAUAGCUACAAUAUAGCGCUUCCAAACUUGUUUAGGAAAAAGUAAGGAUCAUCUCCAAAGAUGAAAUGGUCCGUCUCCAAAAAUGAAUUAUCUGCCUGUUUGAGACAA